AUGGUUUCUCUGGUGGAGCAGCUGGUGAAGUGUUGGAUGGAGAUGGACAAAGAUCUCGCGGGCAUGGUAUCCUGGGAAGACCUGCGCACACUCAUGGGGCAAGAUGACGUACGGGAGUUUCUGCUGGCCAACGACAUCGACGUCUCAAGCGCCCGCGAGAUCUUCACUCUUCUGGACGAGGACGGGACAGGGGAGCUCCAUCCUGAAGAUUUCGUAGACCAUUUGAUCUCGUUGCAAGGCAAUGCGAAGGCCAUUGAUGUGGCUUCUCUCCGAGCAGUGUGCGACGAGAUGUCGGAGAAGAUCUACGAGAUGGAGACUACAAUCCGUGCGAACUCCCACGGCCUGAGCUGGCUCACAUCGCAAGCCAGCGGCGGGCGUGAGAGGCGGAAGGUUCCGAACCGGCUGCUGAGCAAGACUCGCACGGAGUGCCGUCAGAUAGCUGAGAGCUGUCCGAUCCAGGAGGACAACAUCGAAUCCUUGUGA